AUGAAAUUCAAAACCACUGUUUUCAAGAUGUUUGAGUUAACAGAACUGACUUUUGCAAAUGCACUACAUGCUUUUUUCUCUUUUGGCUAACAAAUGCAGUACUGGCUGUGUGACCAUUUUCCCAGUGCAGUUGGUGGACAUUAUUCUAAGAUUUUUGGUUAACCCAACCAGAUAAUGUUUAUGCCACAAUGGCCUUUUAAACUUUUCACUUCACUGUUAGUAUCUAAGUUUCUGAACUCAGAAGCUUAAUAACUUGGUGGAGCAGGGAAUGGUCUCCGAAAAGUUCUAUAAACACGAUGCAGUUGAAAAAGAAUUAGAUUAGUGAUUAGAUCAGUUAAAAGGAAAUUAAAUUAGCUUGACCUUUGUGGUUGAUAUUGUGGUUCCUAGGGAAAUCAGAUCAUGCUUAACAUAUUCUUCAAGUCAAUCUGUAAAUGCAAUACUACUAAACAAUUUUUAUCCUAGUCGGGAUUCUUGCUAGUGGUCAUCAUUUAUACCUGUACUUGUGUGGUGUGAUAGUUUUUGUUACUUACAUUACAUGGCUGAUUAUUUACUUCUUUUCUACUUAUGAAUAAUGAUGCCCCCUUUCAUCAUGGUUCUUUUUUGAUAUAACGGAAGCAGAAUGGCAUCUGUUUAGCAAGAAAUAAAUGUCUUUGAAAAUGUCCAUUUAUGCCAUCAAGGAUUCUUUCAUGUGAUGUGUCUCCAGGUUGCAAAUGUAUUAAAAGACAAGUUUACAAAUUGAAAAUGUGUAAGAAGCAACUAAGACUUCUUAAUUAUGGUAUUUGAUUGUUACAGUUGCAACUGCUAUAGAAAUUUCUUGCUCAAAUGCUUGAGGAUGUGAUGCCCAUCUUAUAGGCUAACAAUUAAAAAAAUGAUUAUCCAAAAGAAAAGGAAAACUAUGAAAGGGAUGUACUGAUUAUUCUGUUUGGAGCAAUUAAUAGUUGAAAAGGGAAAUUGUCAACAUUAAUAGCAUCACUAUGAUAUCCUCAUACUUUUAUUUUUUAAUGCAAGUAAUAACUAACUAAUAUUGUA